AUGGGCAAAAUUCUCAACGACCCGCAGGUUCUCAAAGCUAUCAAGGGACUGCAUCUCCCGGAUGAUGCUAUUGUUCAAGCCGAUACGUGGAUGUACGGGACGGACCGAGGCUCAGACGUCGACACCCACAAACUCAUGCAGGCUCUGCUCUACGCACGUGCUCCGCAUAACCACCCUGAUAGCAAUCAAUACGCUUUCCCGCUCCCUUUUUCACCAGUAUUUGACCUGUUCCUGGGCAAAGUCAUCCGCAUUGAUGAUCUGGCUACUGGAGGUAAAGAGGACGGACUCGCAUACCAUACCGCCCCCAAGAAGCCUAUGGAGCACUGUGUCCCGCACGAAUAUCACCACGACUUGCACAAAGACUCGCCAAGAUCGGACUUGAAGAUUCUGAGAGUUUUGCAGCCAGAUGGUCCAAGUUUUAAAGUGUUGGAUGGAAAUUGCGUGGAGUGGCAGAAGUGGCGCUUCCGAGUAGGCUUCAAUUUCAGAGAAGGCAUGACUAUUCAUGACGUAAGAUAUGCAGGACGGCCUGUGUUCUACAGGUUGAGUGUCAGUGAGAUGACGGUACCAUAUGGAGGCGACCCCUUCCACCGCAAACAAGCCUUCGAUAUCGGCGACUGCGGCGCAGGAAGCGUUGCCAACAACCUCGCCCUCGGCUGCGACUGUCUAGGUAGCAUCUACUACUUCUCCGGCCACCUCAACGACGAUACCGGCGCCCCUAUCCCAGCACCUAAUGUCAUCUGUAUGCACGAGCAGGAUGCCGGAAUCGGCUGGAAGCACACGAACCACCGCACAGGCAAUGCAGCAAUCACCCGCGCCAGAGUUCUUGUCCUCCAAAGCAUCAUCACCGUCGGAAACUACGAGUAUAUCUUCGCCUGGCACUUCAUGCAAAACGGCAACAUAGAGCUUGAGACACGUGCCACCGGGAUCUUAAGCACUCACCUCAUCGAUGCUGGUAAGACCUCGGAAUGGGGCAACGUCGUCUCCCCUGGGGUUCUAGCACCAAACCACCAGCACCUCUUCUCCCUCCGCAUCGAUCCCAUGCUCGACGGCCCCCUCAACACCGUCACUCAAGAAGAGAGUAUCCCCGUCCCGCAAUCUGAAGACGAGAACCCCCACGGCAAUGCCUGGCGUCUUGUCAAAACCCCCUUCGAAACCUCAGGCUACGCAGACGCCAAUCCCCUCGCCAACCGCGUCUUCAAAGUGGUAAACGAGGGCGUCACAAAUCACAUCUCCGGCAACCCAGUCGGCUACAAACUCAUUCCCCAACCCUGCCAGCUCAUCCUCGCCGGCGCCAACAGCGUCGUCCGCCGCCGUGCGCGCUUCGCAGAGCACCACCUCUGGGUGACAGCCUACCGCGACCACGAACUCUGGGCUGGCGGGAAGUGGACGAACCAGAGCUUAGAUGAGGUGGACGGGGUGCGCGAUUAUGCGUCGAGGGGGGAUAAGGUCAGGAAUGAGGAUGUCGUGGUGUGGACGACGUUUGGCAUGACGCAUAAUCCGAGGGUUGAGGAUUUUCCGGUCAUGCCGUGUGAGGUGAGCACGUUGAGGCUGACGCCGGCGGAUUUCUUUGAGGGGAAUCCGGCGUUGGAUGUACCGAGAAGUGUGCAGGAGGUAAACGGGAGUGUAUUGGUAAGGGACCCGGUUGUGGCUGGGGAGGUGAAGGUUGGGGAUAUUAGUAAGGAAGACUGUUGUGGGGAGGAGAAGGCGAAGUUGUAGUCUGAAUGGUUGGUAACGUGAAAAUGGUGCUCUUCAAUACAUCUGGACUAUCUAACGGUAUUCUUCUGUGAUAACUCGAACGGCUGGCCGGUCUAGCAUUGAGGUUACGUG